AUUGUUCUUGCCAUCAUUCUCCUUUGCACUUUCUCUCUUUGUCCUCCUCACCACCACGAUCGUUCUAGCCUUCCUCACUCUUCAUCACUUUUUCUCUUCUUCCCUCUCCUUCAUCCCUCUACAAAGAUGAUUUGGGUUUGUGAGGAACCCAAACCAUCUAGGUUUGUCGUGAACCUAGAAGAUGUGGGUUUGUCACAAACCUAGAUUUGGGUUCAUCAUGAACCUAGACAAUCUGGAUUUGUCAUGAACCUAGAAGUUGUGGGUUCGUCACAAACCCAAACGACUUGGGUUCGCGAGGAACCCAAAACUCGAAAAGGUAUCCCAUUGCUUUUCGAUUAUAUAUCCUCAAUUUCUUUAUUAAUCUUCAAAGAAGCAUGGCUAUGAGAUUAUUUCCUUGUCUGGUUGAUGAAAUAUGUGUGUUUGCCUUUUCAAUUUAAUGUAUUUAGCAUAGAUGGUUUUCUGGGAUUCUAUUAAGGGUCUAUUUGUGCUAUGACAUAUGUGGUGCUUAGCUUGUUUCUUGAUUAACCGAGUUCAA